AUGCAAGAUAAUGAUGACAAGAGCGCAGCAGUUUCCCCGGUGUUUAAUGGCGACAAGGCUACAGAUGGAACGAACCGUGAACCGAAGGCGAAUGACGAGGUAAGUAGUAAAUCGGAGGAAACUUCACCUUCUAAAGUAAUAGAAAGCCUUGAUAUUAUUGCCGGAGUGUCCGAGAAACGAUUUGGGCGUUCUCACAGCGAGUCUUCAGAUGAAGAUGAAGUGAGUGGUGAAGAGUCUGAUGAAGAGGAAGAAAUACCACCCUUACUUAAGUAUACAAGACUCAACAAGUUACCAACGAACUUCUUCAAGCGAGACUCGAUAUCAGCUUGUUUAUUUCAUGAAGAUUUCUUUGCAUUUGGUACUCAUGCAGGUCUGCUACAUCUUACCUUGCCGGACUUUACUCCAAUUCAAACCGUCAAGUUGCAUCGCUCUUCAAUCCUAUCCAUCCAUUCCGAUGGAAACUACUUUGCUACUGGUUCUAUCGAUGGUACGGUGGCAAUUGGGCUAAUUGAAGACCUUUCCACGGUCACUUCCUUUGAUUUCAAAAGGCCAAUUCAAGCAGUGGUUCUUGACAGCGAUUACAAAUCUUCUGCAACGUUUGUCUCUGGUGGAAUGGCUGGAGAAGUCAUUCUGUCCCAAAGAAACUGGCUAGGUAACCGAAUAGAUACGGUUUUAGCUAAGGGACAAGGACCAAUCAUGGGUAUUUUCACUGUGGACGAUGUGAUAUUAUGGAUGAAUGAUGCAGGAAUUACCUUUUGCAGUAUUCAUUCAAGGGCCCAUCUUUUGAAUGUCCCAUUUCCAACAGAUGACAAGGAAGAAGCCAGGCCAGCGCUUUAUAGACCGCAUGUCCAUUUUCCUGAGAGCGAUCGAAUAAUUGUAGGUUGGGGAGACCAUGUAUGGAUGUUCAAGGUGUCUCUGAAGACUAAUGGUGAAUACGGGAAGAACUUUGGGUCUAUCCUUUCCAGUGCAGCAUCAAGUUUAAGAGCUGUGCCGGAUAAAAAGGUAGAAUUAGAGCAUUAUUUCCGAAUAAGAAUCCAUAUGGCUGGCAUCGCAUCGUUCAAAGAUGAUCAGAUUAUGUGCCUGGGUUUCGAAGUGGACGAUAUUGAAAACAAACUAGCAGCAAAAAUACCAGAGCUUGAAAUUAUAGAUACAGUAAGCGGUGAAGAAAUUUAUAACGACGAAGUGGUAUCGAAAAACUAUCAAAAUCUUUCCUUAAAUGAUUAUCAUUUAGGUAAGCAUAUUGGAAAGACUUCACCGGAGUACUUUUUUAUAAGUGCUAGUGAUUGCAUACACGUUCAGGUUUUCUCGCUAAAAGAUCAUUUCGACUGGUACGUACAAAGAGAAAACUACCUGAAAGCCUGGGAAGUUGGAAAAUACGCUGUCAGUUUAAAUGAUCGACUGGCUGUGGGCUUUCAGUAUGUCGAUCAACUUAUCACUGACAAACAGUGGAAAAACGCUGCCUCCUUCACCGCAGCAAUAAUUUCCAUUGUCAAUAAUAGUGAAGACAAACAAGUUAAGAAUGAGACCUUGCAAAAAAGCCAAGAUGUGUUUCUGAAUAUCAUUGAAAAUGGAGAGGUGGACUAUGUGUAUGAUACCAUACCCACAGAGCCGCAACUUGACAAACACCUCUAUGAUGCAAUAUUGAGCUUUUUCUUGAAAGAGCUGAAGUUAAAAGAGUUCUUCAAAUGCAUUCAAAAAUGGCCGCUUAGGGUUUUCUCAUACCAAAAGUUCGAAGAACAGUUAGAAGAGAGAAUUGAAAAGCAUGAUGAACUUGAAGGCGCAUACCGGGAUGCCAUUAUUCAUUUGUUUCUGGUUCAAAAGCUGUAUUCUAAGGCCAUUCCUCACAUGAUCAAAAGAAAGGACAUCAGAGCUUUGAGCAUUCUGCUGACCCAUAACUUAAUCUCUCAAUUUGCUGACGAUAUAUUGGAAAUUCUGCUCAUUCCUUAUGAUGAUACUCUUGAAAAUUUGCCCAAUUUACCUCUCGAUAAGCUAGCAGUUACUUUUCGAAUUCCGAUCGAUCUACUGGUCAAAAAUCGUCACAGCCUCGAAGUUAGUAAAAUCGUCAAAAAGCUGGAGAGUCCAAAGCAGCUGAGAGUCAUUCUCUUUCUUUAUUUGAAGAAGUUAUCAGUUAUUGAUCCCGAUGCCACAGCUCCUCUAGAGAACGAUAUGAUUAGCCUGUAUGCAGACUAUCAACGAGACCAACUACUCAACUUUUUGAAGAAAAGGGUGAACUAUGAUGUCGAAAGAGCCAUCGAAUUUUGCUCUAAGCGGAAAGGGUUUCAUAAUGAGCUGAUUUAUUUAUGGGGGAAAAUUGGUGAGAACAAGAAGGCAUUAUCUUUGAUUAUUGAUGGACUAAACGAUCCCAAGCUUGCCAUUGAGUUUGUCAAGAGCUGGGGUGACUCCGAACUAUGGGAAUUUAUGGUCGGCUACAGUAUGGAUAAACCUAAGUUCGUUAAAGCAUUAUUGGAUUCGCCGGAUGAAUUCGGUAAAAUUUAUCUUGAGGUAAUCAAAGCGAUGCCGACGGAAAUGCAUAUUAAUGGCUUACAAGCAACAUUGGUAAAUAUUUGCAGAAGUAAUGCAUUAAAUCUACAAGUCAGUGAGAAUGUUUUCAAAUUAAUCGAUGAUGAAAGCAAGGAAUACGGCAUAGAAUAUUUGAAAGCAUUAACAAAGGGUAAGGUCAUAAAUAUCAACGAUGAGCUGUAA